CCGCGACAGUUCAUCAACCGAUAACGCUGGAAUAUCCAAGAGCUCUAGCUGCUCUUGCCAUAUUCGAGUAUACCCAUCAGUUUGUCUUGGCAUCGCCACAGCCUAAAAUACUUACCUAGUUCGAUAUCGACAAGCCACAGCGCACAGAUUCUACAGCAAUCAUAAAUAUGGCUAAGCAUAUGUCAUUGGAGUCUAUGUUGGAUGAGGAGCGGAGAGAUGUUCUAGCUUUGUUGGAAGGCCCGACAGCGGGGCGAACAAGAGGGUCCGCGAGCUCUAACACAUCUGGACGAGCCUCGUCGCCUUUCACGAACCCUCGAUCCCCUGUUCGAAGCAUGUUAGAUAUCGAUGGAGACGUACCCCCCAGGCGCUUGUCCAAUGUGGGAACAAAUGGUGGCACCACUGGUUCUCCACGGAUGGCCCCGAUUCGGAGCAUGUUGGAUAUUGAUACGCCGCCAGCAGCUCCCGUUCGAAGCAUGCUGGAUGUCAGUAGUCCUCCAUCAACAGCAACUUCAAAAAGCGCCCAAACAUCGCCAACAGAGGUGAAUCAUCGAGCACAUAUAGCGAAUAGCGCACAGCAUAGGAGUCUAUCUGAUGCGGCAUCACGUCCUGUUGCAUUCGGGCCCCGGACGAGUGCUACGAGUCUUAAUAGCAAUCCCGAAUCGGCGUACCAGUUUUCUGGAUAUUUACCCAGUAACCCGGGAGGACCAGUGAUUCCAAAGCGGAAUACGUUGGCCGGCAAAAAGAACUCGCUACCGAGUGCUAUGGCGGAGGUCGUGAGAGGGGGAGACUUCAGUGGUUUCGGGCCCCGAGACAGAGGACGGAACUCUUCAAUUGGGGGAAAUGGCCUCGUAGCAAAAUCAAAAUCUCCACACAAUCGAUUGGGCCAACGAUCGAAUUCUCCUCACCUCAGUCCAGACCCUUCCCUUCUUGUAAUGGAUGAUGGACGAGUCAUUGACAUGAAUAGCGCAUACCGGCGAUUGUCAGAUGCAAAUCUUGCGCUAUCUCAUGGAGGGUUAUCUUCACUGAGUGGAAAGGGCAGACGUCGGCGUACAAACAGUGGGACCGCCGUGGGGUCAGCAGAUUCCAGACUGGAGAAAGAUUACACGCCAAUAGACGGUGAAGAUGCACUUCUCGAUAGUAGUGACGAGGAUGACUCGGACGAAGAGCAACGUCGGGGCAGAAAGAAGGAUAGUAGACCUGAUUCCAGUGAAAACGAUCUCGAGAGCCAGACCCUUGGGACGGGAAAGGCAAAGGGUCCUCGAACAGCGCUGAGUUUGAUGGCUGCCGCCGAGGAAGAACGCUUAGAAAUCGCGACUCAACAGCACGAAAAGUACAAAGUCCGAUCGCUUCUAGAGCCCGAAAUUACAGUCACAGCCCCCUCGGGAGAUAGAAUGAGGUCGAGCAAACCUGGCGUUCAUCCCAAUACCAGCUUCGACGAAGGGGCAUCCGGAUUCAACACACCUGUGGAUUCUGAUACGGAAGCUGAUCUCGAAGAUGUCAAACGUGCUCAAAAACUUUCUAUCAACAUGACCUCCGUUGUCUCUACACCUGCUACGAGUCGUUGUGUACGUACGAUUUAUCGUGGUGAUUUUGGCAAGAUGCAGAAGGAGGCGCAGGACAAUCAACGGCGGGUUCGUAAGUAUCUGGUCGCUACGGAUCUCAGUGACGAAGCUGCUCAUGCCUUGGAGUGGACUAUUGGAACUGUCCUUCGCGAUGGAGAUACUCUACUGGCCAUUUACUGUGUUGAUGAGGAGCUGGGAAUCAACAAUGAUGGCAGCGGAGACGAUCAAAUGAAAGAGCAAGCAGCCGCAAUUGCGGCUUCCACAAAGCCUUCUGCAUCCACACCAAUCCUCGGUUCUAUUCAUUCGUCAAGUCCUUUGGGAUUCGGAGUUAGAUUAGGAUCUACGAGCAGUGCCAGUGAAAGUCCGAUGGGAAGAGAACGGAGCAAAGCAGAGCAGGAACGCUAUCGAGCUGUUCAAGAUAUCACUGACCGGGUAUCUAAGUUAUUGAGGAAGACAAAGCUCCAAGUGAAGGUCGUGAUUGAAGUUAUUCAUUGCAAAAGCCCGAAGCAUUUGAUUACAGAAGUCAUUGACUACAUUGCUCCAACAUUGGUCAUCUUGGGAAGCAGGGGAAGGAGUGCGCUCAAAGGCGUCAUUCUUGGCUCCUUCUCCAACUACCUUGUCACCAAGUCCUCCGUCCCAGUCAUGGUGGCACGAAAACGUCUCCGGAAGCACACUAAGUAUAAGCGUCCAGAUAUCCGCCUCGCCAACAACCUCUCCAACCCAGCGGUCAAGAGCCUGGCUUCUGCAAAGAUUGAUUAGAAACAACUCUGGUCUGAUUUCAUAUCCCUGUCCAUCUUUUAGCGCAU